ACAGAGCCAUUUCAGCUUCCUUAUGGUCACAAGUUUGGUUUUCACACCAUCAUCGGGUUUCGAACUCGAGAUCUUCAGUUUUAAGUUUUAAAGAAGUUUCGUAAUUUGCCAUUUACCACUGAGCCACCAGUUUAUUUAUGCCAUUGAUGAAUUCACGUGACACGUAUAGAAUGAGUGUUAUUUUUGCAAUUACUUUUAAAAGUGCGUUUGUUACACCAGAUUUAAUAAUUUAACAAAAAAUAUUGUGAAAGGGUAUAUAGCGCGUGUAAACGCAGAAAUUUUGUUUUUGUUGGUCGCACUUAAACAGAAUGUAGGCUACUUGUUUUGGUGUGAAAACUUCCCUCGGUUCCUAGUCGAAAAGCAUCUUCCUGUACAUCCCCAGCAACUGAGACUAGCUCCGCCUCCGAGUCCGGAGUCCUCGGGCUGGUCUUUCUGUUACCGUGUUCCGCCCUUCCAACGCUCUCCAUCUCCUGCGGGACCCACCACUACCAGCGAACCCCGCAGAAUUUACCACUUGGGCUCGUGGAGCUGCCAUGCGCAGAUCGUUUUAGGACUUCCGCUUUCUUCAAACCUUUCGUCAUUGGCGACUGAACGUAAUGGAUCACGAAUCUAAUCAUGGAUUUGAUUCAGAUGAGAGUGACCUAGAUGUGCAUGCUGAAACCUAUGAACAUAAUGAAGGGAUACAAGGUGUGCUUCCUGAGAAUUUGGACUUGUGUGUAGAUGAAAAAGAGGAGACAGAAGAACAAUCAGCUGAUCUACCUAUGAACGUAGAAGCUUUAGAACCGUAUAUAGGCAUGGAGUUCAACUCAAGAGAUGAAGCUAGAGAAUUUUAUGUUGCAUAUGGCAGACGCUCCGGUUUCACCGUACGGAUACACCACAAUCGUCGUUCACGAGUAAAUAAUCAGAUUAUUGGUCAAGAUUUUGUUUGCUCAAAAGAAGGCUUUCGAGCAAAAAAGUAUGUGCACAGAAAAGACAGAGUUCUUCCUCCACCCCCAGUAACCCGUGAGGGCUGUCAAGCUAUGAUAAGGCUAGCUCUAAGAGAUGGACCGAAGUGGGUAGUCACAAAAUUUGUUAAAGAGCAUAAUCACAAACUAAUGAGUCCCAGCAAGGUUCCAUGGCGGGGAUCAGGAAAGCACUUAGCAAGUGAGGAUGAGAAGGAUAAAAGAAUCCGAGAGCUGUCCCUUGAGCUGUACAACGAGAGGCAAAAAUGUAAGCGACGUUGUGCUGCAUAUGAAGAACAGCUAAAUAUGAUCUUGAAAGAUUUGGAAAAACACACAGAGCACAUGUCAAAAAAAGUUUCGGAUACAGUUCAGAGCAUAAAAGAAAUUGAGGAGGAACAAUCAGAGGACUCGGAUAGCGGAUGGAGUUAAUGCAACUUGUACCUUUUCUUGCCCCUUGCUUUGCCGUUGAUGAUGAGCAACCUAUUUUAUCAGUUUUUGGAGUUUACGUAACUGCUAAUUCACCUAUGGUGUCGGUCAAGGUUGCCACAGAGGACAAAUUAAGUCCACAGAAUGGCUGUCUUUCAGAAAAUAUGGUGGCAGCUGAAGUUUGGUGUCUGGAUCAAGGUGCUCAUCCUCAGUGAAGGCUUUAUGAGCACAUCGGCAAAAUACUUGAUAAAAUGUUAGAACUCAUAUGUUCAAAGUGUUCUGGGUCUUUCUCUUGUUGAAUAGUAAUGUAGUUUUGUUUUCCUCUCUUACCAAAUUUGAAAUGUUACUGUAAUUUUUGUUUUGUUGGUGGACUAAAUAUGCACCCGUAGGAAUUGGUAAGCAUUUCUGUCCAAGCCCCCGGCGUUGUCAAGCCUUCUUCCGUACUGACCUUCCCGCAGAGAGGGUAGAGCCUUAGUUACCCGCAGGUCAUAAGCCGGUAACCAGUGGAAGAGCAAGAACUUUCAGGUGAAAGACCCUCACUCGAACUCAGUAGGAAGCCAAGCACGCACGAAAGAAGCUUCCCGAGCUGCUGCCCUUACCUUCUUCGUUGGGAGGCGCUAUAUUCAUCCUUGUAAUAAGUACCUAUCGUUGGAAUUCAAAAAUUUUCUAAGCAGCCAAACAGAUAAUAUUAAGGGAAUGAGGAUGCUCUCUGGAUCUUUUUGGUGAGGAUUUCGGGGAUUCAUUGUCGUGUCUGUUCA